AUGGUUAAGAAAGUUCUACUUUUAGGUUCAGGCUUUGUCACUCAGCCGGUUGUUGAUACUUUAUCUGCAGACCCAAAUAUUGAAGUCACUGUUGCUUGUAGAACAUUAGCUAAUGCUCAAAGUUUAGCAGGAUCAUCAGGUUCAAGCGCUAUUUCAUUAGACGUUACUAAUGACCAGAAGUUAGAUGAGACUCUUUCGAAACAUGAUGUAGUCAUUUCUUUGAUUCCAUACACCUUCCAUCCAAAUGUUGUUAAGAGUGCAAUUAGGACAAAGAAACAUGUUGUAACAUCUUCAUACAUUUCCCCAGCACUAAGAGAAUUGGAAUCACAAAUCAAAGAUGCCGGUAUCACUGUUAUGAAUGAAAUCGGUCUAGAUCCAGGUAUUGACCAUCUUUAUGCUGUUAAAACUAUCGAUGAGGUUCACAAGGUUGGUGGUAAGAUCAAAUCAUUUUUGUCAUACUGUGGAGGGUUGCCAGCACCAGAAGAUUCAGAUAAUCCAUUGGGUUACAAAUUCUCCUGGUCAUCAAGAGGUGUCUUAUUGGCAUUAAGAAACUCCGCUAAGUACUGGAAGGAUGGCGAAAUUGUUAAUAUUAGUUCUGAAGACCUCAUGAAAUCUUCAAAACCAUAUUUCAUUUACCCAGGAUUUGCCUUCGUUUGUUAUCCAAAUAGAGAUUCUACUGUUUUCAAAGAUCUUUACAACAUUCCAGAGGCUGAAACUGUCAUUAGAGGUACUUUAAGAUACCAAGGCUUCCCAGAAUUCGUUAAAGUCCUAGUUGAUAUGGGAAUGUUAGAUGACACAGAAAAUGAAAUCUUCAGUAAGCCAAUUCCAUGGAAUGACGCACUAAAGUGUUACCUAAAGAGCGAAUCCUCUUCGAAAGAGGACUUAAUAAAACGUAUUGAUGCAUUGACAGUAUGGAAGGAUGACGAAGAUAGACAAAGAAUCAUUUCCGGUCUUUCUUGGUUAGGUCUCUUUUCAGAUACAAAUUUUUCUCCAAAGGGCAAUGCAUUAGACACUUUAUGCGCACGUCUUGAGGAAUUGAUGCAGUAUGAAAAGGGGGAACGUGACAUGGUAGUAUUACAACACAAAUUCGGUAUCGAAUGGGCUGAUGGUACCACAGAAACAAGAGCAUCUACCAUGGUUGACUACGGUAAGGUCGGCGGUUAUAGUUCAAUGGCAGCAACUGUUGGUCUUCCAGUGUCUAUCGCUACAAAGAUGGUUCUCAAUGGUACCAUUAAGGGACCAGGUUUAUUAGCUCCAUACUCUCCAGAAAUUAAUGAUCCUAUAAUGAAAGAAUUGAAAGAGAAGUACGGUAUUUACUUGAAGGAAAAGACCAUUGAAUAG